GUCACGUGUUCGUGACAUCACCCGAGGCCUGUUAGCAACUUAGGACUAGCAGCGUCCUUAGUGAGGGUUGCAGGCAUUUCGUUUGGGUCUGUCCGCGAGGAGAACACAUACGGGAAAUUUUCAUGGCGGACUCUAGAAUGCCGGUGUCACCAAAUUCUUCAGCAGCGGUUACACGCAGUCAACAGAAAUACCACAAUAAAGCAUUUAAGGAUUUAUUGAAAGUUAUACAGGAUAGCGGGUGGAGUGAUAAUAGGAGUACUGAUUCUUCUGAUUCAAGUGAGCUUGAAACUGACGAGGAACAGCAAGCAGUGAACAAAAUCCAAGAUAUCAGUGCUCACCAAUAUACCAAUACAGAUGUCACAUUGCCAUCUCAUUUGGUGGCAAACACAUGCACUGAACCACCUGUGGAAGCAAGCACCAAUGGAAAACAUAACUUAAGAAAAUCAAAAAGCAGUUUUAUCAGGGGUGCAAAGCCUCUUCCUCCUGAAGUUGCUGAUAUCUAUGAUGAAUUAUGUGGAAUUUACCAGAAACUUCAGCAAGAAAGAUUGUCGCAGCAAGAGUAUUCACUGCAGCUGAAAAAAAGGGAGAAAUGUUUACAGCAAAAGGAAGAAAUGCUUUUCAAACAUCAAACUACACUGAGCAAAAUUAAAGGAUUUGAGGAAAUAUUUCAUGCCAAACUUCGAAUAAUGAAAGAGCAACAUAAUGUAGAAAUGAAGCAGCUAUCUGAUACCCUGAGAGAGAAGACAAAAGAAAACAAGAGGCUCAAAUCCUCCUUUGACACAUUAAAAGAAAUGAACGAUGCCUUAAAGAAACAGCUAAAUGAAGUAAGUGAGCAGAACAAGCAACUGGAAAUGCAAGCGAGGAAAGUCCAGGCUCGUUUAGAAAACUUACAAAGAAAGCAAACAUUUCAAGCAGCUCAGAAAUGCAAAGAGGUACCUCAUGCAACACAGAGCAUAAAACCCCCCAAAAAAGAGAAGGCUAAUAUUUCUAUGAAACUUAAGGUCCCUCAUAAUGUUCAAGUAUAUGAGCUUUUAACUGUGUUAAUGGACUGGAUCUCUGAUGUGGAGAUUAGCAAUCCUAAAUCAGAAGAGAAUGGAAGCAGGGGGAAAUCAUUAUGCAUAAAUCAAUUGCCCGCAAACUAUGUUCAAGAAAAGUGUGCCAAGAUUCUUCCUGUUGUGGUAGAACAGUUCCAGUCGGCACCUUUGCUCAGUCCAAAGCUACACUUUUCACUUAUUAAAUUUGCUUAUUGGAUUUUAAGGCAGCUAGGAAAGGGAACACAGUUGACUAUGGCUUCAACCCUACGAAGACUCGGUGAAGAAGCAUACAAAGGAGUGACCUAUAAACCCAAUGAGGAGACCCUUGAUGAAAGAGCCACAGACAACAAAAUGAAACAUGCAGCAUUCUAUAAAAGCAGUAACUUACCACUGAGAUUCUUAUCAACUUUAGUUGUUCUUAAAACUGUUACUCAAGUGGACUACAUUGCGCAAGCUUUGGAUACGCUCUGUAUGGAUUUGAAAACCGAUGAAGGUAGAGAGCUGUUUCUUCAGUAUGAUGCAGUGGAAAUUGUUUUAAAGUUAUUACAUUUGCCAAAUAGAUGUCUAGUUUCCAGCGUGCUCGAUAUCUUACUUCAGCUGUCAAUGGAACUGAGAUUUUUGGAGCCUUUGGUGGAAAACUGUAGCAAUGAGGCAUUUUUUAAGAACUGUGCUGCAAUACUGCGGGAUCCUAAAUCUGACUUGCCAAUUCUGGAAAAGCUGAGUGUCACCCUCCAGAAACUCUCCAAAGUCAAGAGCAAUAAAAAAUACUUUGAGCUCUUCAACAUUCCUCAACAAAUUCAAGAAAUGCAGAGGAAUGCCAAUUCAGACCAUGCCUUCCUGGUAAUCAAUCUGAACUCUAUUCUGUUCCAUCUGGGCUAUACAAAAGGCAGCACUUUUCCCUCUGGUGCCAAUACCAGUUAUUAACUGCUAUUAGCAGAUCUCUUUUCCAGUCAUGUUCAAAUCUGUGCUGUGAGUGAGUGGUUUCCAGUCGUGUUCAAAUAUGUGCUGUGAGUGGUAUUUGAUGCAGUUCUUCACUUGUUAGAAAUGUGGUUUGUUCCUGGGCUUUUGGAAUAUUAUGUUCUUGCAGAAAAAGGCAUCUUUUAGAAUGUUAUAGGUGACACUAUUCUAAGCAACUUUCAGCUGGUCGUAAAUGUUCUAUAGUUUCCAGACCAUUAGCCUUCCUAUUCUGCCUCUUUCAAGUCUCAAAGUGAAUAUGCUCUCUCUUUUUACUUGACUUUAAAUGUUAUUCUUAUAUUUUAUUGCUUACCUUUCUCUUCAAUCCCUCUACGGUUCAUCUUUCAUUGUGACAUCCAAACUGCUGCCUGGUUGAUAUGGCCAUUUAGGCCUAGCAACAGAAUAAGAAAUUAAUUCAGAAAACAUGAAGAUCGUUUCUGUUUUAAAAUUACACUGUCUACAUCAUAAAUAAGGUUCAUUUUAAGAUGAGCUGCCUCUUUAAUUUGUCAAUAUUUUUCAGUGUUGUUUUAGUGCUGGUGGACGUUGCCCCUUUUAAAGUUGUGUAUAGAAUAUGUACAUUAUUUUAUGUUUUAUAUUAUUUAUCAAUAAAAUAUGUAUAUUAUAUUACUA